GCCAGAAGUCAGUGCCAGAACUUGGAAGAGCUCUUCCAUUGCCAGUUGCCAGUUGGUGGUAUUCUCUGUCAAGGGAAUGGAGAGGCGGCUUGGUCACGGGCUUGGCAGCCAUAUGCUGGAAUCGGUGGAGGAUGCUACGCAUCUCAAAGCUGAGGAGUGGCAGUUACGAGGAAGGAAACAACAUCGUUGUUUUGAAGUUUCCUCAAACGGCCGUAGAUUAAGUCUGUUGUGCAUCUGAACAUGUGCCAACCAGUCCGCUUCCGGAUGCCUGCUUGUCAAGCAGAUGGUUUAGUCCUCGGUAGUUGAUGAGUAAAGGCUUGAGAUUUAAAGCUGACAGUGAUAUAGUAACCCAGCAUCAGAUUGAUGAACAUGAAUGCAUGCUGUUUGCCAGCACUUGGUGAUGCAGUUUUGGGCACAAGGAUGGGGGCUGGGCUGUUGGACCACAGGGUAGUUGGUAGCAAACAAAUUUGUGGAUCGUUUCAGGCCCCACAGAAGUGCCAACCUCACCAAAGUCCAUUUAUCAGAGCUUAUCGAAGCCGCGCGAUUCCGAAACUCAGCAGAUGUUCCAGCAGCAUUCUUUUACAAACUCACAAGUACAGCUUGGGAAAUUCUGUUUCAGUUGUUCAAUUUUUGGGUAAAACGCACUCCACACAUCAAAGACCAGAGUCUUCACAUCACUCCGUUCAUUGCGGAGGGCGGUCAAGACGGAAAUCAGAUUUCAGAUCUGCGGCACCCUCCGAAACCAAGCCACAGCAGGGUUUUUGGUCCGCUAUUGCCAGAGCCGCUGGCAAGGCUGUCCUGGUAUUUGUUGCUGCGGCUGCGGUGUAUAGUGUGUUUGGAGGAGCACCCGCCCAAGCCUUAACCCUGGCAGGUGUCAAGGAUAGGGCAGCUGGCAGGUUGCAGGACUAUGUACAUACGUCGUGGCCCUGGGUUGUCAAGUGCUGUGCGGAACUGAAAGAGCACGGCGUAAUGCUGGCUUCCCUCCUGGCUGCUUCUGCAUUUUUCUCGCUAGCGGAAACGUCCAUCACAACGCUGUGGCCGUGGAAGGUUCGCGAACUGGCUGAGAAGGAAAAAGAGGAAGGCUUGGGAGAUACUUUCAGGUUGCUGCAAAAGGACGUCACUCGAUUCCUCACCACCAUUCUGAUUGGUUCAACGAUUGCAAACAUCGCGGCCACAGCCUUGGUGACAGAGUCAGUGACGUCGAUAUUUGGAGAAGCGGGCAUUGGGGCAGCAACUGCAGUGAUGACGGUCGUCGUCCUUCUGCUGACUGAGAUUGCCCCCAAAAGCAUUGCUGUGCACAACGCGCCGGCCGUGGCAAACAUGGUGGUGCGGCCGGUCCACUGGUUGUCGACCAUCCUGUACCCGGUUGGUCGUGUCUGCACCUGGCUCUCUGUUGGGCUGCUCAAACUACUGGGACUGAAGAGCUCGGGGGAAACACUGGUGAGUGAAGAGGAGAUGAAGCUAAUGCUCAGUGGGGCCAUGAUGAGUGGCACAAUCGAGCCGGGGGAACAGGACAUGAUUGAGGCGGUGCUGGAGAUGGACGACACGACGGUGAAGGAGGUGAUGACGGCGCUGGUGGACGUGGAGGCCAUCGAGAGCAAGGCCACGCUCAUGGAGCUGCGCGACCUCUGGAUCCAGCACCAGUACUCCAGGAUCCCGGUGUAUGAGAAGCGCAUCGACAAGAUCGUGGGCAUUGCGUACGCGAUGGACAUGCUGGACUACGUGGACGAGCCGGACCUGCUGCACCAGCUGACGGUGGAGCGCAUCGUGCACAAGAACCCCUACUUCGUGCCCGACGUCAUGUCCGUCUGGAACCUGCUGCGCGAGUUCCGGAUACGCAAGGUGCACAUGGCCAUCGUCGUCAACGAGUACGGCGGGACCACCGGGAUCGUGACGCUGGAGGACGUGGUGGAGGAGAUUGUGGGCGAGAUCUACGACGAGAACGACAGCAAGGAGGAGAUUCGAAAACGCGCGGGCUACAUCAUCGGGCGGGACAACGACAUCUACGACAUCGACGCUAACACGUCGAUUGACCAUCUCGAGGAAGAGCUCAACCUGGAAAUACCGGAGGGCCAGUUUGAGACGGUGUCGGGCUGGGUGUGCGGUGCGUUCGGCUACAUCCCGCGCUCCGGCGAGGCAGUCACGGUGACGUUGAAGAAGUCCCGGAAGGAGCAUCGGGAAGACGAGAAACAGAAAGAGCAAGAGCAGGAGCACCACCACAGGGGCGAGGAGGAGGCGGUGCCGGAGGAGGACCGCACUAAGUGGAUCCUGAAGGUGACCAUGGCCAACGCGCGCAAGGUGCAGACGGUGCGCCUGGAGCGCGCGAGCGAGGACGUGCCGCUCGUGGGGCCGCCCGACGAGAAGCUGUCGCUCAAGACCAAGCGCCUGCGCGGCUGGAAGACCGACUACGAGCCGCCCGAGCGGAAAGGGAAGGAGCCGCGUGGCUUCAUCGAGGUGGACCCGGACAAGAGGCGGGAUGCGGACGAGGAAGCAGAGGAAGAUGACAUGAUGUACAGCAGCGACGAAGAGGGGCCCGCAGAGGCGGGCGAGCGAGACUUUGAGGGAGCAGUCAGGGGCGGGGGCGAUGAGGCGGGCUCCUCCGACGAGCAGUAUUCCGACGGAGAGGAAUACUCCGAGUCGGAGGACGGCUUCCUAGAGGGGCCCGUGGCCAGCUACGGCACGGAUGCGGGCACGCGUGGUGAGUCCGCUGAGGACGACGAGAAUGAAGUAACGAGCAUAGCGGGUGAAGAGGCGUCUGCGAGCAGUCCGGCAGAGGUGAAAUCUCUCCAGGCGAUCUGGGAGGCGAAAGCCAAGGUCGUGGAGAGAAGACGGGCGCGCCGGCGGCAAGAAGCCGCCCUGGCAGCCGCUGAGCUGGCGCGGAUCGAAAGAUUCAAGGGGGAGGGGCUCACGUUGGCAGCUGGCCGGUCGAAGAACAACAAGCGCACAAAGCGCAGAGUGAUAGAGCCAGAAUAGCUCAGCAGUAGUGCGCUAGGACAUCCCUUCUCGGGCCCAGUCUGCGCUGGGCUCAUUGCUUGCAUACAUAGAGCUCUACCUGUAGAUAAAAGUCAACAUGGGACAGAGGAGUUAAAGACUGCCCAGGUACGAGGUGCAACGUUGCAGAUUCCUUGGAGUUGUUCAGGCCUUGUUCAAUCAACACAGAUGGCUAGUGUUCAAGAGUAUCACGGAUUUCACCUUUGAUCGACAUGGUAUGAUCCUUACAAGUUCAAUAGCUCCAGCACAGCACAUUUUCCGAUU